UUGCAAAGAUGAAAGCUGGAGAUAGACAAUGGUGGACUUCAGAAAGGCAAUCUGUCCACUACUGCAGGCAUAUACUCCACACCUGCGAUUUCUUCUGCCCUGUAACUCCUGAGAGUGUCACUCAUUUUGUCAAAAAGAAUGCUGUCGUUUAAAAUCUUUCACAUAUCAGUGAGUUUUUUUCUGCAGCAAAAUCCCAAAGUGUGAUGUAAAAUUGUAGCUAGUUGAGUAAAUACUACAUCCUAGAAGUUUCCAUAAUUUUGGCCCAGUGGAAGUACAUAUGAAUUGUGUCUAAAUCCCCUAAGGAGUGGAAAUAUGUGUUUCCUCUGUUUCACCAGUGUCCUUUCUGGUCACUCACUAUCCUAAUGCCAGCAGCUUUCCCUGAAGCUGGCAAGAUUUAGCUGCUACUAGCAAGGCUGCUGAUAUAAGGACAAAAAGCUCUAUGGCUGGUGAAGGACAGAGUGCCGUGAUUGGCAGGACACCUGAGGGCGGGGGUCAUCCGUUGGACCUUCAUGUCCUAACCUCGAUGUCUUUCUAACUGGCUUAAAUGGGUUUGCUUGUUUUCCACUUUUGUUAUUAAAAUAGAAGUGGAAAUUUGCUUUUCCUAGCCUAUCAGCAUCUCUUUCCUCAGCCUGCCUGACCUUGAGGUGGCGCAGCUGCCUCGGUGGAGUUAAAAAUGGACCUUCAAGCUGGCUUUAGUUUCUGUUGCUCUGCCUGCAAGUGUCGUCCCACUCAUCUGUUUAUCACAAGCUCUUUACCACUUGUGUUGUUGUUAGCCUGGACAGUUGAUCUUGUUAUUCAAGGCCCUAACCUGCAGGUCCUUGUACAUGUCGUCCCCAAAGGGCAGGGACUGGUGCAGGAACCCCUCCUAGAGAAAAAUGCACCCCCAGCCCCAGGUAUCUCGGUAGUUUCUCCAUCUUCUGAUCCCUGGCAACCCGACCGGGAAUACCCGUGCUUAGCAAAUCCUGUACUUCGGGGACAGGGCAGCGGGGCAGUGGGCAUAGGGUGGCUUAGUGCCUUAGGAAAAAAAUGUUUGGCCGCUUGCUUUUAUGGGUGUGCGAUCCUUUCUACUCCCUCUUACCCAGGGCUCCCUGCGAGAGUCACAGGCAUUAUCCCAACAGUAUAACUCUUUAUUCUCAUGCCUUCAAGCUUUUUGAAGACCAAAACCUAAACUUUUCCAAAACAGGCCCACCAGUAACCUCAGCUUCUGGGAAUGGCAAUUGCUCCAAGCUAUCCUGCUGGUGGAGCAAGCAAGGAGAUCCCGUUAGUGGUUUUGUUUAGUUUCUUGGCACUGCCCCCCACGCCCCUUCAAUUCAAGCUGCCUGCUUUCAGAAGCCAGGUCUUAGAACAGUGCCAGGCUCGCCCUGGCCGCAGAGAAAAGGUUUUAGUCACAGCUGUAGCAUCCCCAAAGAUGCCCCAUUGAUUCCUAAGUGCAGCUGAAGCCAGAGAGCCCUUGCCACAUCCGACCACCUGCGGAGACUGGGUGCAGACUGGAGCUGAUGGGUUAGAUGUCAGAACAUGAGCAUAAGGGAUGCUCACAGAACACAGACUCAAGUAAGCCAAGCACUUACUCAGGAUGACACAGCAAAGCCUCCGGCCAUGGCUAACAAGACCUGGAGCUUCCUCCUGCCUGAACAGCUCCUUAGCCAAGACCUGCUCAGUCUGAACAUGGAAGCAAGCAAGCCUUGGGCAGGAGCUCACAUCAAAGAAUCCAGGUUAGUGGCCGAAGGGGGUGGUUCUUAGGUGAAUUACAGUCAGGGUGACCAGUGGCCUACCCAGGAAACAGCAGGUGUCCGCCCAACCAGUGGCAGAUCCUCAACUCCCAGAAGUUUUGCCUGGGCCCCUGCCUUCCCUGGAACUAAAUGCAUGCGACCUGGCCCAGCAGGGGCGGGCCGGGGCACGGGCCGGGCGGGUGGCGCAGGUGGGCGUGCCAGCCAGGCAGGGAGGCUGGGCCUAUAAAACACUCUCUGUUCCGGAGGCGGAGCGGCCGGGUGCAGCCUGUGCUGGUGGGCGCUGUGGCCCGGAGCCUUCGGCUCGCAGAGGGACUGUGCGGCGGCGGGGCCACUGUCCAAGGAUCGGGCUACUGAGGGGCGCCUGCCUCGGUUUACCCCUCAGCAUCCGGUGAAAUCCCUGCAGCGCCUAAGGGGAAAACCGUUCUGCUCCGCGAGGGAAACAGAGCCGUUGACCAUGGUUGCAACGGGCAGUUUGAGCAGUAAGAACCCGGCCAGCAUUUCAGAGUUGCUGGACGGUGCCUAUCACCCUGGGAGUCUGCUAAGUGAUUUCGACUACUGGGAUUACGUUGUCCCUGAGCCCAACCUCAACGAGGUGGUAUUUGAAGAGACGACGUGCCAGAAUUUGGUUAAGAUGUUGGAAAACUGUCUAUCCAAAUCAAAGCAAACCAAACUCGGUUGCUCCAAGGUCUUGGUCCCUGAGAAACUGACCCAGAGAAUUGCUCAAGAUGUCCUGCGGCUCUCCUCCACAGAGCCCUGCGGCCUUCGGGGGUGUGUUCUGCACGUGAACUUGGAAAUUGAAAAUGUAUGUAAAAAGCUGGACAGGAUUGUGUGUGAUGCUAGUGUGGUGCCGACUUUUGAGCUGACACUCGUGUUUAAGCAGGAGAACUGCUCAUGGACGAGCCUCAGGGACUUCUUCUUUAGCAGAGGUCGCUUCUCAACUGGCCUUCGUCGAACUCUGAUCCUCAGCUCAGGAUUUCGACUUGUUAAGAAAAAACUGUACUCUCUGAUUGGAACGACAGUCAUUGAAGAGUGCUGAGGAGAGACACAAGUAAAGUCCCCUAAUGAGUGGAUAGUAAACCUCUGAAGCUCUCUAGUCAGCCGUUUGUAGUUUGCCUGCCUGCCCUCACCAAGAACUCCCAGACUUAGGCCAUCUUCCUUCCGUGUUUCUCACCCUCAGCAACCUGCUUCAAA